UGGACGUGGGCUACGCUAAGAAAACAGUUUUUUCAGACUGAGGGCGGAGACGGGCUGUAAUAGCGACGCUGCUCUGGGUUAGAUUGUACAGUAGCUUUUUGAAACCAUGGAAGACGGCAAAGAAGUGAAAGCGGCGAAAAGACGGGAACGUCAAGCAGCCUUGGAGAACCCUGAUAGUGACGUGGGGCUUUGUGGAUGGGUGCUGGUCGGGUUUUCCCUCUUACUGACCCUCGUCACUUUGCCCCUGUCCAUAUGGAUGUGCAUCAAGAUUGUGAAGGAAUACGAGCGAGCCAUCAUCUUUCGCCUGGGAAGGAUCCUGCGCGGUGGAGCUAAAGGACCAGGCCUGUUCUUUGUCCUUCCCUGCACGGACAGUUACAUCAACGUGGACAUGAGGACCAUCACCUUUGACAUCCCCCCGCAAGAGGUGUUGACCAAGGACUCUGUGACGGUGAGCGUGGAUGGGGUGGUGUACUACCGCGUCCAGAACGCCACACUGGCCGUGGCCAACAUCACCAACGCCGACGCGGCCACCCGCCUCCUCGCCCAGACCACCCUCCGCAACGUGCUGGGCACCAAGAACCUGGCCGAGAUCUUGUCCGACCGCGAGGAGAUCGCUCACAGCAUGCAGUCCACCCUGGACGACGCCACGGACGACUGGGGCAUCAAGGUGGAGCGGGUUGAGAUCAAAGACGUCAAGCUGCCGCAGCAGCUGCAGAGAGCCAUGGCUGCUGAGGCUGAGGCCAGCCGCGAGGCCAGGGCCAAGGUGAUAGCAGCGGAGGGGGAGAUGAAUGCGUCACGGGCUCUGAAGGAGGCGUCUCUGGUGAUCGCAGAGUCUCCGUCCGCGCUGCAGCUGCGCUACCUGCAGACCCUCAACACCAUCGCCGCCGAGAAGAACUCAACCAUCAUCUUCCCCCUGCCCAUGGACAUGAUGCAGGCCUUCAUGAAGCGCUGAGGACACGCGCUCGCUCACACACACACACUCAUACUCACAUACACACGCACACAUGCUGUCACACACGCACUCACACACACUCAGCCUCAGACACACACAUACUCACUCACACACACUCAUACUCACACACACACUCAUACUCACACCCACGCAUGCUCUCUUUCACACACCUCGCAGAAACACACACCCAUCCCACACACACACCCAUCCCACACACACACCCAUCCCACACACACACCCAUCCCACACACCGAGUCACUCCCCUCCUCUCCUGAUGUGCCAUAGUGUUGUUCUGAGUAAAGCUGGAGCGCUCUCGCUCCUCUCAGAGUUCACGUGAGACUCCAUGACCCCUGCUGAGUAUUCCCGGAGCAUGUAAAUAGUUGUAAGUGUUAUACGAGUGAGCCUAUACUCUAUACUGAGCUAGAACCCAGGUUUUCUGCCUGCCUAUGGAAGGCCGUACGUUCAUCAUCACCAGUCACUUACACAGCGAGAACGCCUUAACCCAUUGCCAUAAAGUCACCAAACAAUCUUGUAGUUUCUAUGCAUAUCCAAAGGGAAAUCAAAGUGCAUUUUGACUACCGUUUUAAAUAACGGUAUAUAUUCUUCUAUACUUUUUCUUGCCGAAUGCUAAUCGGACUGGUCACCAGCUUGUUACUUACUGGAACCCUAACCCUUGUUAUGUGCUUAAACGUAAACUCGUUUGUUCUAGCCUGAGGAAAGACUAGGCUGCUGUCUAGGAGACGUGUAUUAAACCUGUAAUUGGCUAAAAGGUUUUUAGCCAAUCACACUGUUUUUAGCGGUAGAUCCAAAGAGGUCUGAAUCGGAAAAGCACUGUGCUAAUGAAAUAGCUUAUCUGUUUGCUGUUACUGUUUAUCUGUUUUUUUCCGGAGUCAUGAACGCGUUUGACGACAUCUUUCAAGGCCAAGUACUGUACUCUAUUCUCUGUUCUCGCGAUCUUAUAAGGCUCCUCAAGAACACCCAGAUGUAUGUUCUUAACGUUCUGGAGAUUUAUUAACUGUCAAUUAGUGUUGAAUGUGUUGCAUCGCCCAACCGACUGUGUAUAGAAACAUUGUGAUGUGUUUAUGUAUUGAUUUAGGAUACGCUUUUUGUCUAAGCGAUUUAGAGAUGGGAUUUUAACCAGAGAAUUCGUGAUCUGCAGUCAAACGCGCUAAGCACUGAGGUAUAUUCAUCGCCAUGUGAAUGUUCAUAGUUUUAUGUAGCAUUUUUUUUAUGUCAUCUAACCUGUUACGUAAACAUAGUAUCCAUAUAAAAUAUAUUGAACUGAAGUAUUCUGGUGUAUUAAAAUGUUCUUCUACUAAUGA